AUGACCGCCGCCGCUGACGCCGGCCCCGGUGAUGCCGGGGCCAAGGGUAGCAGUGCCAUGGAGGGCGGCGUCAACAUCCUGGGCAUCUACAAGUCCUGCGCCGCCAACGUGCGGCCGCGGCACCGCCCCGCGAUGCCGACGCUGGCCCAGGUCCGCGCGUCACCCCACUACCCCGUGCUCGUGACGCCAGACCCCAGCCAGAAGGGCGGCCCCAGCUACAACGGCAGCCACGACCUAACGCAGCCCAUGCCCAUCAACGGCGAGGCUGUCGAGUGGGAGAACGAGCUGUGGAAGGUGCGGGGGCCCCAGGGGCUCAUAGCAUGCAGGCAGGGGCGGGAGUGGGGCGGGAUGAGAGGUGCUGCGUGGGUCCCAGGCUGA